GAGGAUCUGGCGCACGUGGCGGUGCUGGGCAGCGGCGCCUUUGGCCGCGUGACGCUUGUGUGCCACGAGGGCAAGUACUACGCGCUCAAGUGCCUGUCCAAGGCGCACGUGGUGCAGACGGGGCUGCAGGAGCACAUCAAGCGGGAGCGGACUGUGAUGGCUGAGUUCGACUCCCCCUUCCUGGUCAACCUGGUGGCGGCCUUCCAGGACCCCUCCUCCCUCUACAUGGUCAUGGAGCUGGUGCAGGGCGGCGAGUUCUUCACAUACCUGCAGAACAGGGAGGCGCCGCUGAGCGAGGAGGAGGCGCGCUUCUACGCCGCCUGCGUGGUGCUGGGCCUGGAGUACAUGCACGACAGGGGGGUGGCCUGGCGCGACCUCAAGCCCGAGAACCUGCUGAUCGACACGCGCGGCUACCUAAAGAUCACCGACUUUGGCUUCGCCAAGAAGAUUGCGCCGAGCGGCAAGACCUUCACCCUGUGCGGCACACCAGAGUACCUGGCGCCCGAGCUGGUGACGCAGUCGGGGCACAACAAGGCGGUGGACUGGUGGGCUGUGGGUGUGCUGAUCUACGAGAUGGUGGCCGGCUACCCGCCCUUCUACCAGGAGGACCGGGUGGCCAUGUUCCGAGCCAUCUGCUCCACAGACUUCAAGAUGCCCACACACUUCAGCAAGGAGCUGCGGGACCUCAUCAAGCGCUUCCUGGUGCGCGCCACCAGCCGGCGCAUUGGCUGCAUGGCUGGCGGCGUGGCGGAGGUGAAGCAGCACCCCUGGUUCAAGGGCUUCGACUGGGAUGCGCUGGCCCAGCGCAAGCUCAAGGCGCCCUACGUGCCCAAGGUGCGCGGCCCCGCCGACGCCUCCAACUUUGAUGUGGCCCAGACGGGGCAGCACGCCAAGCACAACAGCCGCUACAUCUCCACCGGCGUGUUCAAGGACUUCUGA